GCCAUCACUCUGUGCAGUUCGAGUGAAUCACCCGAAGUGUUUGGACGGAAAAAUCACGUUUCUCCGAUAUACGUUAUUCUUGAACCAAGUUUUCCUCGAGGACUCCUAUAAAACUACUAUCAAAAUGUACGGUAAUCGGCAACAAUCGUCUGGUGGAUUCCGAGGUGGAAAUCAGGGAGGUCGCCCGAAUGGAAUUGGUGGUGGUGGAUUCCGUGGCGGAGACCGUCCCGCGGGAGGACCUCGCGGAGGAAUGGCUAACGGUUUCGGAAAUCGUGGUUCGUUCGAUCGACAGGCUAACAACGGUGCAACACUGCGCACACUCAAGUGGAACAGCACCGAUUUGACACCGUUCGAGAAGGAUUUCUACAAGCCGACUGAACACAUAUCAAGCAUGUCGGAAACGGAUGUUAACGGAUAUCUGUCCAAACAUGAAAUCACUCUGAAAGGCACAAAUAUUCCCCGUCCAAGUAUGGACUUUGAGAAUGGUGGUCUGCCCGAGCAUAUUAUGGAUGAGAUCAGCAAGCAGGGUUUCACGAAACCGACUGCUAUUCAGGCCCAAGGAAUGCCAAUUGCGUUGAGUGGACGUGAUAUGGUAGGAAUCGCUCAAACGGGAUCGGGUAAAACGUUGGCUUACAUUGUUCCAUCGUUGGUGCACAUCGCGCACCAGGACAAUGUGCGUCGCGGGGAUGGUCCAAUUGCACUUAUUCUUGCGCCAACCCGUGAGCUGGCCCAGCAAAUCCAGCAGGUGGCAAAUGAUUUCGGAAAACGUGUUAAUGCCAAUAACACUUGUGUAUUUGGUGGUGCUCCGAAAGGGCCUCAAAUACGCGAUCUGGAAAGGGGAGCCGAAAUAGUAAUUGCUACACCUGGUCGCUUGAUUGAUUUUCUUGAGCGAGGUAUUACUAACCUUCGUCGAUGCACUUAUCUUGUGCUCGACGAGGCUGAUCGCAUGUUAGAUAUGGGUUUCGAGCCUCAAAUUCGUAAAAUUAUGGGCCAGAUUCGUCCUGAUCGACAGGUUCUGAUGUGGUCCGCUACUUGGCCCAAGGAAGUCCGCAAUUUGGCUGAGGAGUUUUUGAAUGAUUACAUCCAAAUUAACAUUGGGUCGCUUAACCUUUCUGCUAACCACAACAUCCUUCAAAUAGUGGAUGUAUGCGAAGACUACGAGAAGGAUCAAAAGCUGAUGAAACUGCUAACGGAAAUAUCAGCUGAGAAUGAGACGAAAACGAUUGUCUUCGUCGAAACCAAACGCCGCGUUGACGAUAUAACUCGUAGUAUCAAUCGCAAUGGUUGGAGAGCCGUGUCAAUUCACGGCGAUAAAUCACAACAAGAACGUGAUUAUGUACUGAACGCAUUCCGAAAUGGGCGCCAGGGAAUCCUGGUGGCCACUGAUGUAGCCGCACGUGGACUUGAUGUGGAAGACGUGAAGUUUGUAAUUAAUUACGACUAUCCGUCGAAUUCAGAAGAUUACGUCCAUCGUAUUGGUAGAACUGGUCGUUCUAACAAUACUGGUACCGCCUAUACGCUGUUCACCAAUGCCAACGCCAACAAGGCGAACGAUCUCAUCAAUGUGCUCCGAGAGGCUAAUCAGGUUAUUAACCCAAAAUUGGUUGAAAUGUCCAAACCAGGCAUGAAUGGACGCGGUGGACGUAAUCGCUAUGGUAAUAGGUUCGGUGGUCAACAGAAUCGACCACCACGUGACGGUGGCUUUGGUGGACAGCGCAACGAUGGAGGACAUCGGUUCGGUGGUGGUAAUCGCGACGGUGGUAACAAAUUUGGUGGAGCACCACGCGGAGACACUGGUAAUGACAAAUUUGGUAUGAAACCAAUGCAAAACGGAGGCUAUCAACCACGAGACCAGAAUAAUAGGGUUCCAAAUGGGGCCGUGCCACCGCGUCAGAGUCGUUUCUCUGCUCCCAGUGGUGCGCCAACGUCUUAUUCGUCCAGUGGUAGUGCGGCUGGAAGCACAUUCAACAAAGGUAGUUACCAGAAUGGUGGUGGUGCUCCAGUUGGAGGUUCCGCACCAUCCGGCAAUAGCUAUGGCUCCUACAAACCAUAUAAUACCACACCGUCAAACCCGUCUGCUGCAGCACCCUCCUUUAAUGGUGGAUAUCCACGAAGCACACCCGCCAUUUCCUCCUCGUAUCAGUUUGGAGGACAACCGUUUGCAUUCCCACCACCGGCGGUGGCGAUGAAUUAAAUUAAUUUAUCAUCUUUUAGCUUAGUUGACACUUCAGUUCUAUCUCAUUGAAUUUCUCAUGAAGCUCAUCUCUCAUUCAUAGAAUCAGUUUAUCCAUAACAAUGAUACAAAACAACUAGGAUUAGGAUGUCCUAUUUAUUUAAUUAGUUGUUGUUAGCAGGUACUAUUACUGACACAAAAGUAACUAAGUAAUUCAGUUUUGAUUGGAAACGAGUCGAAUUUUUCACUCUUGUUUGAUAAUCCUCGAUACGAUUGAUUACUUAAAUGUGAUAUUGUAGUACAUAAUCUCAAAAUAGCAAAAACAAGAAUUUUAUGUUUCAAUUUUCUUUCCGAUUAUGAGAAGUAUUGUAUUUUCAUAAUUGUUUUACCCAACGUGAAACAAACUAUACUGCGUUUGCGCAGAUACAUGUAUGAUGAAUUUGAGGAACAAUGAUGGAUAAACGCGAAUAUAGCCAAUAACAAGUCGUAUGUAAAAAAAGUAUGAAUCUUGCAACGUAACAUGCCACAUAUUGAAGAAGAAGAAAGAUCUUUUUCAUAUCCGAGGAAUAAAUAGAUGUCUUUUCACAGUUUUAAAACAAAAAAACAAAAAAAUAACGAAAGACAGCGUUUGAAUUGCACUAUGUUUUAUAUAACCAGUGUAUUGGACACAAGGGUGUUACUAAUCUUUCCCCAGCAAGUACAUAUUAUCACUAGUAACUCUAAAUUUUCCUUAUUCUAUCCAACUAUGUUUUGGUAGAAUAGAAGCAAUUAUUUGGAGUCAACAUGAUAGUACAAUAAACUGGUACAGUGAAUUUA